AUAAAAGUUGUGUAUUUUGACCAUUCCUACGAAAACACUAGAUAACAAGUCCUUUUUAUUGUUAAAACCGUAACCCUCAUUACACCGAUAAAUGUCUUCCCUGAGCGCGAAAAUUGGACCUUCGAUUCUGAACGCAGAUCUAUCGCAGUUGCACGAGGAGUCGCAGAAACUACUGGACAAUGGGGCCGAUUAUCUCCAUUUGGAUGUGAUGGACGGAAUGUUUGUGCCUAAUCUAACGUUUGGUCAUCCGGUUGUUAAAUGUCUUCGAAACAAAAUUAAGGAUGCCUUUUUCGAAACGCACAUGAUGGUACAAGCUCCGCAGCAGUGGAUCGAACCGAUGGCCGACGCUGGUGUAAAUCAGUACACGUUUCACAUAGAACCGGUGAUGGACAGUGUGGUAGACAUUUGUCGCAAAGUGCAAGAAGCCGGCAUGAAAGUUGGCCUGGCCAUCAAACCCGGAACGCCGGUCGAGAUGGUGAAGGAGUUUAUCACUCUAGCCGAUAUGGUACUGAUUAUGACGGUUGAACCAGGCUUCGGAGGUCAGAAGUUUAUGACCGACAUGAUGCCGAAAGUACAAUGGUUACGGGAGAAUUAUCCCAAUCUAGACAUCGAAGUAGACGGCGGUGUAGGGCCGGCCACUAUCGAUGCUUGUGCGAAAGCGGGAGCAAAUAUGAUUGUUGCUGGGACGGCAAUCAUCCGAGCAGACGACCAAGCUGCUGUCAUUCGAGAGCUGAAACAUUCCGUUGAGAGCGCAAUUAGACAUUAGAUGCCAUAGCUUAAAACAAAUUUUUGUUUCAAACGUAAGAACAUGAAUAAAUCUCCAUUAAGUGAAACUUGAGGGUUUAGAUUAAAAAUUAUAAGAUUGUGACAAAUAUUUUUCAAUUUAUAAUUCUCUGGAUGGUUUUUACUUCGAAAAAUGCGGAUUUUGUAGGUGCCUCCAA